AGGAGCAACAUCCGGGCGCCUACCGUCUGUACAGUACAAUCCAUGCCGGACCACCCAAGACAACAUUGAAUCCGAACGACGACUUCUACAACGUCUGACUCUUUGGCGCUCUGGCAAGAACGGAUAUUUCGCCUGGUUGAAUAAAUCGUCACCUCGUGCGGCGGCACGAUCCUGGACUCUCGGGGCCCCGUGAAAGCAUCCUAUGAGUGAGAAAAGGCCAGCGGGCUCUCUGUUCGACUCGGCUGCUCUCCAUGAGUCCCUCCGACAUAAUAAAGCGGUCGUCUGUGCUGUGUCCGCCAGCUACAUCUCGACAUUUGCGGGAUACCCUCUGGAUUCCCUCAAAUCCAGACUGCAGACACAGCGCACCCCCAUCAGCGUCCCAAAGCUUGCUCUCCGGGUCUAUAAUGAGGAAGGCAUCAUCGGUUUCUACCGCGGUCUAUGGAUUCCGUUGAUCACCAUCUCAUUCGUUCGUGCCGCCUCGUUCACGAUAUAUAGCAGUACCAAGGAGCACUUCCGAGAGCACAACUUAUUGGCGCGCGAUACGUUGCCAUGUAUAGCGGCGACGAGCGGGAUUGGCGGUGCCUUAUCAGGCUCGUUGAUCUCAUUCGGCAGCGCUCCAUUCGAGCUUGUAAAGGUCCGACGACAAUUGGAGUACUCUAUCGCAGAAAGUAAAGGCCUAAAACUGGUGAAAGCACCUGGGACGUUCGAAGCUGUCCGAGACAUCUUCAACUCGUAUGGUCUCAAAGGCCUGUAUCUGGGUUUCCGCCUGCACUUCGUUCGAGACACCACGGGUACUGGGUUAUACUUCCUCGAGUAUGAUGCUAUGCGGCACAUAAUGGGGCGCCUGUCAUCUGGCGAGCAAGGUCCGACGCCAAGCUGGCUACCAGUACCUGCCUCGGUCGUUCCUUUCAUGUGCGGUUCGCUAGCGGGCGUAACUUCUUGGGCGCUCAUAUAUCCGUUGGACGUUGUGAAAACCAAAGUGCAGCAGCGUGCAUUGGCUGGCGAGCAGCGGAGGGGUGUCUUAGAAACCCUUCGUCGUCUUAUUCGAGGGCCGGAUCCGAAAGCACCAAAACCGAUAUUGCUCGGCCUUGCACGGCUCUAUCGAGGGCUGGGAGUGAGUGCCGUGAGGAGCGUUACGACCCACGGUUUGCUAUGGACAUUCUUCGAUCUUACUGCUUCGUAUAUCGACAACCUGCCUCGUAGUGACGACAAUACAUAGAUUGACCGAUGAGUCUCGCGCGAACCAUGUGGAACGUCUUUGUCAAUUGUUCGGAGCGUAAGCUAACUAUUCGUACAUUCUGGUCGCCCGCGAUCAGUGCAAGAUUGUAAGUUAGAAGAGAGAUCAUGCGGCAAGUGAGAGGUGAAGUUUACAACACAAAGCGAUAAAUAAGGCAGCG